AUGGCUGCCACCACCUCCGUCGCUGCCAUGAACUUGGCUGCUCCCGUGGAGCUCGGCAACCCGGCCCAGAAGGCUUCCCGCGUGUUCAACAACACCGUGUCCUUCGCCCGCGCUGAGAAGGCUUCGCUCGCCGUCAGUGCCUCGGCUGAGGAGAAGCAGAGCAGGCGCUCGGCUCUUGCCCUCAUUGCCACCACCGUUGCCGUCUCCCUUUCCGGCAGCGCUCAGGCCGUUACCGGCGUGAAGAUCGAGGGCCCCCCUCCUCUGGCUGGUGGCCUUCCCGGCACUGAGAACUCCGACCAGGCCCGUGACUUCGAGGCCCCCCUGAGCGAGCGGUUCUUCAUCCAGAUCAAGACCCCCGAGGAGGCUCUCGCCCGCGCUAAGGAGGUCGUCGGCGUCCUCCCCGAGGUUGAGGGCUACAUCUCCAAGAAGGCCUGGCCCUAUGUCCGCAACGAGCUGCGCUCCGAGCUCGGCUACUUGAGAUACGAUCUUGCCACCGUCAUCGCCUCCAAGGCUAAGGCCGAGAAGAAGGCUCUUAACGCCGAGCUCAAGGAGCUGGUCACCACCCUGGAGUCGUUGGACUAUGCCGCCCGCGUGAAGGACCAGGAGGCCGCUAAGAAGUUCUUUGAUGCCACCAAGUCCAAGGUGUCUGCCCUCCUUGCUAAGCUGUAA